AUGAAUAAUAAUAUACCUGAUAGCCCACCUUCAAACACAUGUAGCUCUGAGAUACUCGUUCGACAAAUAAGCUUUAGGGAUACAACGACCCCUAACACAUCUGUCAGCAGUAACAACAAUUCCACGCCAACGCCAAAGAGAAGAAAAGUCCUAAAAAAGUUCGUUCUAGUCCAAGAUUACCCAUCUCAGUCUGAAGAUUCAGAAUGGACACGUAUCGACAGUAAAGGAAAGAAUAGCAUAUGGUCACAUUUUCUGGAAGGAAAGAAAGAUCGUUCAAUUUUAAAAUGUACCAAUUGUAAUAAUGUUUAUCGUUACAAUCGAAGGGAAGCCAGAUAUAAUUCUGAACCUGCUGAACUUCAUUUAAGAGAUGACUGUACUAAUCCUCCUGAUUAUUUCCAUGGAAAUUUAAAGGAUGAAAGGAUAAUAAAAGAGAUAUGUAAGAAGAAGCUGGACAAAUACCGAGAUUUAAAACAAUAUAUUAAGACGCAGUCAUUCUUUGAUAUAGCCGUUGGGUUAAUUUUAGAAUCCCGUCUUUCCAUCAACUGGGUAGAGUCCUUCACGGCCAAAACUCUGUGGUCAACAAUGGCGUUAAUUCCAACUGAGAAUAACAGUAAACCAGAACAGAUUUUUAAGCCGAACAAAUCUAAUAUGAGCAACUUUAUUCGCACAAAAUCCAAAGAUAUUAAUUAUUUCUGGAGGAGUGAGAUAGCAUCUUCGGCUCACAUAUUAAAUGAAAAGACCUUUACCAAUAGAAAGACAUUACUUGUAUCGCUUACAAAGAGGUUAUAUGCACUCGAUAAUGUAACGUUCAUGUCUCUUGUUUUUGAUCACUGGUCCAAUCACAAAAUGUCUAACUAUUUGGGAGUUUUACUGGUUACAUAUGAUGAAGAGGAAGGAAAACAAAUUCCUUUUCUAGUGAAGAUGGACAGGUCUGAUUCUCACAAAACAAUCGAUAUAAGUCAGCAACUUGGCGAAAUUUUUAAUAAGUUUGAUGGUUUGAGAACAGUAACUGUAGGUAUGUCAACUGAUAAUGCUGCCAAUAUGCUAAAGGUACCGAAAGAACUCUCAAGAACUGGCCUGUUAGGGACUCGUUUUCUUGGCCAUGUACCUUGUUUACUACAUAGUGCUAACAUUAUGAAUAGUACCAUGUUUGAUAUGGUCGAAGAGGACAGUUUGGGAUUUGUAGAUUCUGAGCUUAAAUCAAAAUUAUUAGAGUUAGCUGCAAUGAAAUAUCAGUUGAAUUCUGAUGGGUCAAGGAAUGAAAUUUUAAAACAAGAUAUCUUUACUGAAUAUCUUCUAUCAAAUAACAGCCAAAUUUCUUCAGAAUCUGCCGAUAUUGGUGGCAUUUUUAGCUUUAUAACUGGUGACAUUAUUCUGAAGAAAAAUAAUCAGCUUGCUCAUGCUAUUAAAUCAAGCAGUGUUAAUCAACUACUAUACCGAGAACUAUGCGUUGAGUUUGGAAAAAUGAAUGGAGAGGAACCUUUGGCCAUCAAAACAUAUUCAAAAACAAGAUGGCAAUCAGCGUUAGAUGUUGUGCUCAGGUUACGAGAGUUGAAACCUGUCUUGAUGGAGUUAAAUCGGGAGCCAUCCCUGGGAGUGUUUUUCGAUGAAGAAGAUUUUGUUCUAAUGGACGAUUAA